UUUUUACUGCUCAAAAUUUUCUUCGGAAACUCACAACAUGGCGGUGUUGACGGUCCUGGGUGCCUAAUUUUCAACCACCUGCAACCGAAUAUUUCUGUUUAGUUAGUUACUAGUUAUGGAGUCAUCAUCCUACUACAUGUUUGAAAAAGAAUUGGUCACCGCAAGCACCCCUAUAGCCAUCUAUUCCGCGGGAUUUCAACCUUGUGUAGAUUCACAGUUUCAGUAUUCAGUUCAUAGUCAUAGCCGUGGGGUACCCAACAAAUUCAAGCGAGUGAAGCGGAAAAGUCAGUGGAGUAAAGAAUUCACAAGUAAAAACAUAUCUCCAGUUUCAACAAGGACAUUUGUGUUGACCACCAGUUUGUUCAAACCAUCGAACUGUAUGUAUUUGUGACGGCUGCUUUACUUCAGAACUUUUAAAGUAACCGUCAACUCUCACAAUCUUGUGGUUUCCUUGUCAAUUGUCACUUGUGACGCCGUGUGAUGAAGAAAGCGGGGCUCGCAUGGCGCGCUUCAAGCCCAAAUAAAAAGGGGGAAUCUGUGUAUAACCCCUCGUCUAUGAGCUCUCAGGAUCAAGGUAUGAAUUUUGAUGCUGGGAAUGACCAGUUCCAAGAACAUGUCUUUAAAAUAGAUAUGGAUAAUAACAGGAACUUUUGGAGUCAGAAAAGUGGUAUUUCAACUUCAAGUGGAUCUGCUUGUGUAAAGUCAUUUGCAAGGCUAAAUAAUAAGAUGCCAUCCCCAACACCCCUCCUUCGCCUUGAUAGUAUUGGAGAGGUUUCAAGUUCCAAAAAUUUUGUGAACACUCCACAAAGGAAUUCUGCUAAGCAGUACAGUUCUCCUACAAAAUUAAAACUCCAUAACUGUCACUCUGCGGAUUCAUUUCCCAAAAAGUCUUUAGCUUCACCCUCUUUUAUUUCAACCCAGAUGCCAAAACCAUGUUACCAAAGUACGCCGAAGCUCUUAAAGUCCAAGUCGUUACCAGAAGUUUCAUCAGUGCCUUAUGCUUACCAUGAUUGUCUUGGAAGUCACCCAGUCUCUCAACACACCCUCAGUUCCUCUUUCGAUUCUCCUGCAACUGCAAUGAAUAUGCCUCUUCUGUCUGAUAUGAAAAAUGUUGCUGGAGCUGUUACAGACAAAGUCAUCCCAACUUUGAUCAAAAGUCUUGUCAUGGAGAAGAUGGUGGAAGCAAUGCAGAGUCCAUCAGGAACAGACAGUUUUACCUUUAAAGAGCCUACACAGGUUUCUGUUGGAGCUCCGAAGACUGUUGAAGGCAAUUUUCAUUGGCAUCAACACCCCAUGAAUCAGAGUACUGGUGCCUCAGUGCAGCUUCCUUCAAAUUUACCUGGAAACUAUGGCGGUAAAAUUGGGAAUGCACAUUUGUCUGAUGUGUGUUGCCAGUGUAGCGACAGAAGGAAUAACUGUAAUGUUUCUCCUCUGAAGUGUAAAGAACUCAAGAAAACAAGUGGGUGCAGUGCACAUGAUAAUGUAGCCCCACUAAAAGAAAUCUCUAAUGAUGCAGCAAUUGAAACGACAGAACCAAAAUUGGAGAUUUCACAAGUAAAUGGACAUGUGUGUAGUCGAAAUUCAGUGCCAUAUGCUCAUUUUGCACAGCCAAACUGUGAUGAUGGAAACAGGGUAGUGAUUUCUGAUUUUGAUGAUAACAAUGCAGACAUUCCUCCAGAGGUGUGCACUACUUCUCCGGGUUGUGGAGUAACAAGCACUGUCCUGUCUGAGGAUGGAAUGAGAACUGUCAAUAAAGAAAAUGAUGCAUCUAGCUGCUCAGCCACAAAUUUAUUGAGUGAUCUCUCUUCAGUAUUGUUUGACAGAAAGAAAUGCACAAAGAAAGGCCGUCCAUCGUCUAAGAAACAGAAAAAGCGAAGGCGUGAAAAGAUUAGGCAAGCAGAUAGUAAAUCACUUGUUGGAGAGUCGUCGCAUGAGGUCCACAGCAACUUAUCUGAUUCUUCUGUUGUUUUUGUAAGCUCACCCUGUGAUAGGCAGCCUUCGUCAGGAGAGAGUGGUUUUUCUCCUGAUUCUAAAUGUGAAGAUAACAGCUCAGUCAGAUCAUCACAUACCAGUAUUUCUUUUAGUGACAGUCUUUCAGCCCUAGGCACGUUUUCUGGCUCGCCAGCUCCCGAGUCUCAAUUUGGUGGUCUUGCCUCUCGCAUUUUUUCCAUGAGGUCAGAAGAAAGUUCUUCUAGUGAUGCCUCGGACUCUGAUGAUGCAAGCUUCAGUGAUGAUGACGAUGAUUGGUCAGACAACCUGGAUAACUCACUAUCUUCACAACUUGGUGUAGUUGGUAGCAUAGCCAUAAAGGGUAAAGACUCAAAGGUGGCCAGUGUUCCUGGAAACAGUGAUAGCUGUUCUCGAUUAGAUACCAGUUUUACUGACGAAGACAGCUGUGAUGACAGUAUUGACUUUUCGUCUUCUCCUACUGUAGCCUUGUCAUUCACAGAAGAGCAGCUGAAACUUUUUGGCCCUCGUCUCUAUGUGGACAAUAAUGUAAGUCAUUGUGCCAACAGCAUCAGCAAGUCCGAUACGGGUACCCCAAAAUGUUGGGCGGGCAAGAAUGAUGUAAAGUCCCUGCUUUCUGAAGACAACGAUGAUGAUCUGAAACUCAUCAAUGCCAAAUGGCUCAAGCAUUAUCCCAGUGCCUGUUCCAAACACCUUGACACUUCUUCCAUCUCAGAAGCUUCCUGUUGCUGUAAUACGAAGGUCCAUUUUGCUGCUGAUCCAGUGCUGGUUACAGUCCACAUGGUAGGGGCGGAGGAUCGGCGUGGAGAGUGGAUGUCCUACGCUGUGGACAGGGAGCGCUUUGGCCGUGUCAUCCAGCAGUGCGGUGAUGCUAUUUCUCCAAUUCUCCAACCAGGUCACAGGGAUAAAGUGUAUGAACGCAAUUUAAAACUACAGGCUUUGAGAGAACAGUAAAUGUGUGUAUAAAAAGAGAAUUUUUUAAAAUUAAGUCCUGGCCUUCAAAAUUAGUUGUUUGUGGAGGAUGAAACAUUAUAAUUUAUUAUUAUUUACUCAGCAAAUGCUUUGGCAUCGACUUGAUAUUAUAUAGUAAACUGUGCCUGUGCUUUGAAAAGCGUUGUCAUGGUAAUUCACUCAUCAGACUGAGUGACCAGUAUGGAUAUUUUCCUCUUAUUCAUCAGAGUCACGGCCAUGAAAGUCAUAAUAUAGUAUCUAUUAUAUAUUUAUUUUGUUGUAAAUUUACGUCUUUUCAGGACCGUCGCCCCGUGGCUUUUACUUUUACCUCACUUUCUGAUUUGUCUAGACCAGGGCAGGGCAAACUUUGUGGUCUGAGGCUGUUUUGUACAGGCCACAUAAACAGUUACGGGUCGCUCCUGUUAAAACUGGUGCAAUGCACAAGAUAACCAUACUUUUUACUAAUUAAGAAAAUAAAGAACACUCUAAAAGACUAGUAGCAUCAGAACACAGGGUUUAGAUUUAUAAAUAGCCAUAAAAACUAGUCAGAACCCUAGGACAUUGACAAAUAUGGUCACUUUUACAAGAAUUAUGGAUUGCUUACUUUGUUUGUUUUCUUUAAGCUCAUUGAAUGUUUCAGCAGGGAAUAGUGUGUUUAGGGAUGUACUUUGCCCAACCCUGGUCUAGAACAUUAUUGCUCAAGUCUUUCACUUUGUGAUCUUUUGCAAAAUCUGAGUACAGUGGGUGUCUCAUUCAACGAGGUUGCUGGGACCGGCUUGUUGUCCUCGUUGGAUCCGACCUCUCGUAAUUAAAAAAAAAUUAAAGACCUCUCGUUGAACAUGACUAAGGCUAAAGAAAAGAAAGCAGACAAGUUAUUAUGUUACACGGUGUACCAAUACCAAUAAUUAAAAUGUUCCCCAUGAUGACGGAAAUCUCAAACAGCAUCAGUGUGUUAGUGUUUGAGCUGUGUUCUGACCGUCAUUUCUACAUUUUAAAAUACUUUUUUCCCAGAUCACUUCCCAUGUGGAAACAUAGCCUCUCAGUUCUAGGCUUAGAUCUACUUAAAGUAAAGGCGGGAACUUGGAUUUUCUGCUCAGGUGAAGAAAAUAAAAUUGGAAAAUAAUGGUCUCGAUGUAGACCUGCCCAUCCAGUGUUAAUUCAGUUUCACACAGCACGCAUUGCGUUCCCACCCACCCCUUCCCUUCCGAGGCUAACCCUCGCACAUCCUCUUGGCUUUGGGGCCCAUGUAAUAGGAGGCAUGUCUAGAUCUAACCAUGCAAUGUUUUAGGAAUCGAGGAUGGGCCUUGUGCUUCGCGUGAGAUGGAGAGAAAGGAUAAAAAUUCUUCGCUUUUGGGGCCGCUAAUUGCUUUUAUUUGGUUAUCGCGACCUCAUUGAAAGUGACUUCGGUCUGUUUGCAACCUCGUUGGGGCUGACCUACAUUUACAAAGAAGAGAUAGAGGAAAAAUCGAGGAUUAAGGAUUGCCUCGUUGGAGCCGAAUUCUGGUUGAAUGUGACACCCACUGUAUCAUUCUAGUUAUCAUGUGUGAAUGUCAGGUGUACUUUAUAUGUUUCAUUACAGGAAACUCAGAGCGCUUUCAUGGGGAAAAGGUUAAUCCUUGCUAUUCUUGCAUUCUGAAGAUUUAAUGACAUGUUUUCGGUGUCUGCCAGAUCUUAUUUUUAAUCAUUAUGUCAUUAAAAUUUGUUGUUUUUGGCCUGUGUUCUCUCUUCAGGACUUCAGGGUAUUUAUUUUAUGAAAGGUUGGUGGGGGGAGGGGGUCACGUAUGUGUGUAGCUUACUUUUUCAGUAAGUCUGUUUCGAAGAAGGGGGAAAUUCUGUUUGAGAUCCCAUGGUUGGGUGUUUGUAAAGUGGCUUGAAUACCAUUUACUACCUGGGCUUGUUUUUUAGACUUAUAUGUGCGGUGUUGUGCAGAUACUAAGUUUGACAUUGUGUGGUGGUAAUUGUACAAAUUGAAAGGCUCAAGUGUGUUCAGCUGUAGAAUACAGUGGGUAGAUGGUGAUGUCAUGUGUUGUUUCUAACGGUUGGGUGUUUGAAGGGAAGAAUCCAUAAAACAUUGUUUCGAAAUUGAUCAACAAAUUUUUCAAGUUGGAAAGUGGUGACAAAGAAAAAGUUUGUUGCAGUCAAAAUGUGUUCCAAGCAAAGUAUGAACUUUCUUAAAUUGUCUUGUUCCUCUGCAUCAUUGCAUAUUUUAUGAGAAUGGUGAGAGAAGGCAAGUUUUGUUUGAAAACGUUUUGUGAAAAGCUUUGUUCUCUGUUUGAUUUCCAUCAUUGAAAGAGUUUUGAUGCCCUUUUCCUUAAUGUUUGAAGCCUUGGGCGUUUAAUUCUACUCCUUCUUGAAGCUUCAAUCCUCAGGGAGUGUUUUUAUUGUUUGCUUAAUUUUCUGCAAAGUUCCUCCAGUCUUGGUUUAACAGGUAUGAGUGGUAAGCCAGUUUAUGGUAUACUGCAGAGCACAGACCAGAUAGUAAAAAUUAUCAGGUUCACAUUGUUGCAAAAAGUGAAACCUCGUUAUACAGGCCCCUGUUUACCACCAUUUUAAUGUUCGGCCAAUGCACAAAAAGGAAGGUCUGUGUAAAUACUAUUUGCCCUUUUGAACUGCCGUCUGCCAACUUUCUGAAUUUCCUUACCAUACUAUACUUAGCCACAGAACUUUGCUAGUGAACUUGCUUCCAGAGUUACACCCUACUGUUUUUACAUAGCGUCUACUCAACUUGGCAGCUGCGUGGUGAAAAUCUCUCUUUCUCCCACAUACGACUCUGGGCACUAGUGUUUUCCCUCGUUUUGCUCCCUCCCUGCUUGUCCCACCUCCCCAUUCCGGGUCUUAGAUUUCCUUUUCUAGCUUCGUGUAUUUGACAAAACGCCGGGUCUUAGAUUUCCAUUUCUAGCUUCGUGUAUUUGACAAAACGCCUCUGAUCCUGCAGUUCAUGUCUUUUUCAAUUGAAAUUGUACACACACAAAGAUAGAAGAGACUCCCAGCUCUAAAACAUGUAAUUCACCAACAAAAAGACACUUUUGAAACAGUUCAUGCUGGAAAAUCUUUUCCCUUGGUAUUGGGCAGACGGGGCUAUUAUUCUGUCCCCUUCGUUUUUUGCAAGAAAAAUUCUGAAAUUAUGCAAACUGGCCCAAAAAUGUGAAAUUAUAUGAUUCUGUUGAUUUUGACAAAGAAUGAUAAAGGAAAAUAAUCUGAAAUUAUGCCAAAAAAAAUGAUCAAAUUUUGCUAAACUAUGCAGGGUGCAUAAAAACCACGGGGACAGAUUAUUAGAGGAAAGCAUUUAUAAGACUUACUUAUACUGCCUGCCCUGCUAUGCCACCGACUUCCUGCUCAUCCCAAGGUGGCUGUGUUUGACUGUAUUUUUGAUUUUCUAGUGACUCCAGCUGUUGCAUGUGAUGGUAUUUGGUACCAAAGUGUACUUUUUUUGUCACAUGAAGUCAAUUCAAACAAGUUUGAUUUUGGAGGAUCAGAUUGUCCAAAAAAAAGGGGUUUUACACCUCUAUAUGGGAAGAGAAAAAAAAGGAAAAUCUGGAUCAGAGUGUAUCUGUCUAAAUAGGAACUGACACUUGACUUGACCAAAAUUUCUGCCGUUUCUGAGAAAUAAAAGGUGCAAAGGGGAUUUCAGGUUUUUGAAAAAUAGUUUGAAGAUGUGUCAACUUUUUCCCUCUGUCCUUAUAAUUAUAGAAAGCAAACUUGUGAAAAAAUUUCUGGUUGUGGUAAUUUUACAGGAAAUAUGGGGAUACGUAAAUGGCAAUCAUAGAUUUAUUUUAUCAUCAGUAAUCUCCUGCAGUUCAUAAAAUUUGUUGUGAGGAAACUGCAUCACGGUGGAUUUGAAAUAAUUUAUAGUCUUUUUUUUUCCUGUCAGAUUCAAAAUGGGAAUUUUUUUGUUUUUGUCAACAACAGCAGAAUUAUUUGCUUUAACCCUAUGCGUACGCCGUGAGGUCAUUUUGUACCCUCGGGGUUGUAUUCUUCACAUUUUAGAAUACUUCUAUUUCGAAGAUCUCUUUGAAACUUUCAGUACUUCUCGAAAAAUCAUUUUGACAGACUGCUGUGCAAAGCGUGUGGAUCGGAUUAAAGAGUGAAUUUCCUCUUUGGAAAGUGUUGGCACAGACAGAAUUCCCCACGUUGUAUGUAUACGAUAAUAAAACACGACGUACGGAUAGGGUUGAAAUUGAUAACCUUUUUUUUUGUUCUUGGAACUUUUUCCUGGGUACUCUUAACUUAAAGAUGUAGUGUACCUCCCUGUUUAAAGGUUGUUGGUCUAUUGGUUUUCUAUUAUCAGAGACUUUUUAAGAGUUGUUCUUUGUAUGUUGUGUUUUUGGCUCCAUUUAGUUUCCCUUUUUAUGAAGGAUUUAAUGUUGUAAUUAUUAUAUUUUGGUCCAUGUUUUCCUUUCGUAAAGGUUUUCAUGUUGUAAUGGUUACAAGACUAUUUUUAAGGUUAAUUUCUUAUCAGGAGGACUUUAUAAUACAGAUCUUGUAAGUUUCUUGGUUUUUAGAUUUACUGUACUUUCUCUUAUAUUUUCUUGCUCGUUGUAUUUUGUACCUGUAUCCGCUUUUUUAGUCGUUUUUACUUUUCUAAGUUAAUCUAACCUCUCUCGACUUCAUUCCAAGGCGCAGUACCCUUUUAACUUGUGAAUUAAGCCUAUCUUCUCUGAGAAUGAAAGCAAAAGAAAAGUCAUAGCAACCUUUUUCAUGCCAGCAGGACACUGACACUUGAAAUAAUCCAUGUUUGGACGGCAUGUUUUUAGGCAGGGAAGACUGGCAAAGGUUUCUCAAGUAUUUCUCUUGGAGUUGAUUUUUAACAGAGAGGUGCCACAAGCACUAGAUUACAGAGAGGAUCAUACUGAAAAAAGAUAAAAAUAAUCCUGUUGUCAAAAUAGGGCAAUCGGGCAUUGUAGCUGGGGUCAAUGUUUCGUACGGUCAAAAUGAAAAUGAGCCUGUGCAAAUUAUGCAAUUUUUUCCUGCUAUUUUCUAUCAAUUCUACACGUACGUCUUAUUGACUAAAGGAUGUCCAGAAGGCUAAUAACUUUGUUGUCAUCAUAGCAACAGUUACUCAUCAAUCUUUCUAAGGCUUCCCUUGUUUUUUACGUGUAUGACAUUCAGUUGUGCAUCAUGAGUAUUGUCGGAGUGUUCCCUUUGGUCUAGUCUGAAAUUGAUUGAAAAUGUGUUAUCUGUGUAGAAUCUAGGUCUGCUUCUUCGAAUAUUUUUUUUCUUUGAUAGAUUUUUUUUUAAAUUAGAUUUCUCGUCAUAUUUCAUAACUGGACUGCUGCUCCAAGUCUUGUCUGAUGUGAAUGUCCACAAUGUUAAAUAUGUUUUUUAGGCCCCAGAGACAUUGAUGAUUGAUUCCCAUACCGGUUAUUUAAAUUUCAUUUGAUCACCUGUA